AUGGCUUCGACUUCUACUUCUACUUCUGCUUCUACUUCUGAACAAUCUGAUAAUAUUCAGUCGAAAAUACCCAUCAUCAUCCUAAACAGCGAUGACAGCUCCUCCUCUUCCUCCGACGAUGACGACGAUGAUGUCCAAAUCAUCUCAGUGAGAAGUGUACAGAACAACAAGAAGAAUCACCAUCAUGGAGAGAAAAAUGCUCCAGGACCUUCUGACGCCAACGUCUACCAAGAAUCCAUUACAUCUUCUCAACCACCAAAGCGCUUGCGCUCGCUAGAGAGAGCAGAAACGAACAGUUCUCCUCCCCCGAAGAAACAACGACGUAGUACUGAACCCGAACCUCAAAACGGCCCAGAUAUGCCACCUUGCAACACUUCCGGGAUCACUAUGGGGCAAUUCAACGAACGCUACGGGUCGAGAAUAACAGCAGAAACUCCGAUACGUCCUUCUGAUCCAGAGGAUAAGAAUAAUAAUAUACAUCCAUCUCCAUCUCCAUAUACGAAGGAAUUCUUCAUCGAUCUAGCUGAUACGAUCUCCAUCAUCUUCCCUAUCGGUUCGUUCGCUUCGAAACAUAACUGUUCGCCAGCUGAGGUUUCGCGCGCUAUCAGCGCGGUGGUUACCAGUCCGUUGCUGGAUCCGGAGUUACAUGAAUCCUGUUCUUGGGGAGAUGGCUCUUCUUCUGCGAUGUCUAUAGAGGAGUAUGGGAGGAUGAUGGUGGAUAUUUGGAAACAGAGGUAUAGGAAGAUGGUGAUUGCGGAUGAGGAUGUGAGUUGGGGGGGAUUGAAUGGUGAUGGUGGAAGCAGUGGGAGGGGAGAGAGGGACGUGGCUGAUGUUGAAAAGGACGAACCGACGACUACGAGACGGUGGAUGGAAAGAGAUGUGUUUGGGAUCUAUGUGGAGUGUGAACCGUCUGUUGGAGAGCAGUCGUCGGUGAUUGAGGUUUAG